CCUGUGAGAGGGAUAACGGGUUUUAGAGGAGUUUAGAAAGAUCGCGCAGACAUACAUUAGAGAAAGGCAGGAACGACGAUGCAGCGCACGAUGUGUAGUCAGUCGUAUAGCGCAGGGCUAUUAUGACACUCGGAUCGCUAAAGUAGACAACAUGUUGACAGUGUAGAAAAUUGUCAAAUUUCUCAAAGAUAUUCCAUAUAGGCAGCCUUCAUUAUAUAGUCAGACAUAUCGUUUUGUCUGCAAUUAUUUGGAUACCGCAUAGAGCAACAAGUGGAGUCUGGCGUGGAGAGUUUGAACUCCAGCCGCAACAUUUUCCAGUUAUGGAAGCGCAUAAGGAUCAAAACAGCCGUGAUUCUGAGGGAGAGAGCGUGUCCCUCUCCCCAAAUGUACCAUCUCCUCCAAUUUUGCCCCAUCAGGCAGCACAGCAAGUACAUAGAACCACAAACUUUUUUAUUGACAAUAUUUUGCGGCCAGACUUCGGCUGCAAGAAGGAGCUUGGGAGUCGGGAGCGGGCACAGACCUCGGGCAGAGAAAACGUCAACCCCUUGGUAAUCAGGCAAUCUCAUGCGAGCAGCCUUUGCCAGGAUUCCAAUUGCAGUAGUGACAGCACUUCAUCUUCGUCGUCUUCGUCGUCCUCGCCAUCUUCGAAACAGAGCUCGACAAAACAAGGUGAAGGGAAUGGGAGUACCACGCCGAGAUAUGGAGACGCCACGCCGAUAGUGGUUGUGAAUGCCAGUAAUGGAGGAUCUCCACCCGUUAAAGAAUCCGCGCCGAUGUUAUGGCCCGCGUGGGUAUACUGCACGAGAUAUUCGGAUCGACCAUCAUCUGGCCCAAGGACACGGAAAUUGAAAAAGAAGAAAAACGAAAAAGAAGACAAGCGACCCAGAACAGCUUUUACGGCUGAGCAACUACAAAGACUUAAGUCCGAGUUUCAGGCAAAUCGCUACAUAACAGAACAACGGAGACAGUCACUCGCCACAGAACUGAAUCUAAAUGAAUCCCAAAUCAAAAUUUGGUUUCAGAAUAAAAGGGCCAAAAUAAAAAAGUCGAAUGGCUACAAGAAUGGCCUGGCUCUCCAACUCAUGGCUCAAGGACUGUACAACCAUUCCACAACCACUGUCCAAGAGGAAAAGGAUGAUAGCGAAUAAUUUCCCCCACGCGCAGGGAAUUUUGACGCUGAAAUGAGGAGGAAUGAUUGAACUCUUUUGUGAACUGAAACUGAAAAGAGCUAGGCCUAAAUACGCCUACUUAUUGGAGUGGGACAGAUGCUAUUUAAAACAGAUUGCUGUUUUAUGGUGGGAUAUACAUGGUACAGUUUAUGGACAUAAUUAUAUAAAAUACGAACAUUAUUAAAGUUUAUAUAUAGCCAAAACAAUAUUAAAUUGUAUAUAUUUAAUUUCAGGUAAGGGUAUGUCUGUAUCAAUCCGUACUUGCUGGAGAUUUUAACUUUUCCUUAUGAUGUUGAUGACCAUUGUUUUAGUAAGUGUCUGACUCAAUAUCAUUUUUGUGAUUUCUGUCACCUUUCUCCCUAAUCUCUCACAAUUCUACAGACAGCGUUUCUGAACCGACGCGGGAAGCCAAAGAUUUUAAUAUGUUCAGAGAAUAUGUAGUCUGAAAUAAUAAAAAAAAAAAAGUUAAAAUGUG